CAGAGGGGCGGGGCGCCCUUGUUUCUCUUCCGCCGCUGUUGGCGCCGCUCUUUCUCGGGGUGGAUUUUACGACGUGAGGGAAUCGAGCCUUCGGGGACUGAGCUGCGCACUGCUGCAGCCAUGGGGGAUGUCAAGAAUUUCCUGUAUGCCUGGUGUGGCAAACGGAAAGUCACACCAGCUUAUGAAAUUCGUGCUGUGGGCAACAAGAACCGACAGAAGUUCAUGUGUGAGGUUCGUGUGACAGGCUUCAACUACAUUGGCAUGGGCAACUCUACCAACAAAAAGGAUGCCCAGACGAAUGCUGCAAGAGACUUCCUCAAUUAUCUUGUUCGAGUGAAUGAAAUGAAGAGCGAAGAAAUUCCAGCCUUUGGAGUGACUCCUAGUGGAGGCAUCACUGGAGUAGAAGGCACAGCAGAUGAGUGUGAUGCUCCCACCGGUGGGCCGGUUCCUCCCCAUCUGGCAAUCAAAACACAGAUGGAUGGUGCUUCACCUUCUGAAAUAGGAAGCUCUGGUUACAGUGGUGCUCAGUGGGACCGUGGAGCUAAUCUCAAGGAUUAUUAUUCAAGGAAAGAAGAGCAAGAGGCCCAGGCGACCUUGGAGUCAGAAGAAGUAGACUUAAAUGCUGGCCUUCAUGGGAACUGGACCUUGGAGAAUGCCAAGGCACGCCUGAAUCAGUUUUUCCAAAAGGAGAAGAUCCAAGGAGAAUAUAAAUACACCCAAGUGGGGCCUGACCACAACAGGAGCUUUAUUGCAGAAAUGACCAUUUAUGUCAAGCAGCUUGCCAGAAGAAUCUUUGCUCGUGAGCAUGGCUCAAAUAAAAAGCUGGCAGCACAAUCUUGUGCCUUGUCUCUAGUCAGGCAGCUUUAUCAUUUGGGCGUCAUUGAGGCUUAUUCUGGGCAAACCAAGAAGAAAGAAGGUGAAUCGGUGGAGCCUUAUGAGGUCAACAUCAGUUCUCAUUUGGAAGGUCAACUACAAAGCAUUGUAGAGGAGAUGCAGCUUGAAAUCACUCCACCGCCUGAAGACCCCAGUGUCCCUGUGACGCUCAACAUAGGAAAGUUGGCCCAUUUUGAGCCCUCUCAAAGGCAAAAUCAAAUGGGUGUUGUGCCAUGGUCACCCCCACAGUCAAACUGGAAUCCGUGGACUAGUUGCAAUAUCGAUGAGGGCCCUUUGGCCUAUGCCACGCCAGAGCAGAUUAGCAUGGACCUAAAAAGCAAUCUUCUUUAUCAACUGGAAAAUGAUCAGGAGCUGCAGAAGAUUCUUCAAGAGAGGGACACUCUGCCUGUGAAGAAGUUUGAACAAGAAAUUAUGCAAGCCAUCCACCAAAAUUCAGUCGUCAUCAUCCGUGGAGCCACAGGUUGUGGGAAAACCACACAAGUUCCACAAUACAUCCUGGAUGAAUACAUCCACAGUGGAAGAGCUGCUGAAUGUAGCAUUGUUGUGACUCAGCCCAGGAGGAUCAGUGCUGUUUCUGUGGCAGAACGUGUUGCCUAUGAGAGAGGUGAAGAACCUGGGAACAGCUGCGGUUACAGUGUCCGCUUUGAAUCGGUGCUUCCUCGGCCGCAUGCCAGUGUGAUGUUCUGCACUGUAGGUGUCCUUCUGAGAAAACUGGAAGCUGGGAUCCGUGGCAUCAGUCAUGUUAUUGUGGAUGAAAUUCACGAGAGAGACAUUAAUACCGACUUCCUGUUGGUGGUUCUGCGCGAUGUAGUUCAGGCGUACCCUGAAAUCCGAGUCAUCCUCAUGUCUGCUACCAUUGAUACCAGCAUGUUCUGUGAAUACUUCUUUAAUUGUCCCAUCAUUGAGGUUUUUGGCAGGACAUACCAAGUGCAAGAGUAUUUUCUAGAAGAUUGCAUUCAGAUGACUAAAUUUGUUCCUCCACCAAAGGACAAAAAGAAGAAAGAUAAGGAUGAAGAAGGUGGUGAAGAUGAUGAUGCCAAUUGCAACCUUACCUGUAGCAGUGAAUAUAGCCCAGAAACAAGACACCGUAUGGCCCAGCUGAAUGAGAAGGAAACCCCCUUUGAGCUCAUUGAGGCCCUGUUGAAGUAUAUUGAGACCUUGAAUGUUCCAGGAGCAGUUCUUGUCUUCUUACCUGGCUGGAAUCUGAUAUACACCAUGCAGAAAUACCUGGAAAUGAAUCCACACUUUGGAAGCCAGCGGUACCGAAUUCUUCCUCUGCAUUCCCAGAUUCCUCGGGAGGAGCAGCGCAAAGUAUUUGACCCAGUGUCUCCUGGAAUGACCAAGGUAAUUUUAUCUACCAACAUUGCAGAGACCAGCAUUACCAUCAAUGAUGUUGUCUAUGUUAUCGAUUCUUGCAAACAGAAAGUGAAGCUGUUCACUGCUCACAACAACAUGACCAACUAUGCCACCGUGUGGGCCUCAAAAACCAAUCUGGAGCAGCGGAAGGGACGAGCCGGCCGUGUCCGGCCAGGGUUCUGCUUCCAUCUCUGCAGCAGAGCUCGCUAUGAGAGGCUUGAGACUCAUAUGACCCCUGAGAUGUUCCGAACGCCCCUGCAUGAAAUCGCUCUGAGCAUCAAACUGCUGCGACUGGGUGGAAUUGGCCAGUUCUUGGCCAAAGCUAUAGAGCCGCCGCCUCUGGACGCAGUUAUCGAAGCUGAGCACACUCUCCGAGAGCUUGAUGCCUUGGACUCUAAUGAUGAACUCACACCCCUUGGACGAAUUUUAGCUAGGCUCCCAAUUGAACCUCGCCUUGGGAAGAUGAUGAUAAUGGGUUGUAUUUUCUAUGUGGGAGAUGCGGUAUGUACCAUCUCUGCAGCCACCUGCUUCCCUGAGCCAUUCAUCAGUGAGGGGAAAAGGCUGGGCUAUGUCCAUAGGAAUUUUGCUGGAAACCGGUUUUCUGAUCAUGUGGCCCUGCUUUCUGUGUUCCAAGCUUGGGACCAUGCAAGGAUCGGUGGAGAAAACGCAGAAAUACGUUUCUGUGAGAACAAGAGACUGAACAUGGCAACACUUAGAAUGACUUGGGAAGCCAAAGUCCAGCUGAAAGAUAUUCUUAUUAACUCUGGAUUCCCAGAAGAAUGUCUGAUGACGCAAGUAUUUAAUAACACUGGACCAGAUAAUAAUCUGGAUAUUGUCAUCUCUCUCCUGGCUUUUGGCUUGUAUCCCAAUGUGUGUUUCCAUAAAGAGAAGAGGAAGAUUCUAACUACUGAGGGGCGGAAUGCACUCAUUCAUAAAUCUUCUGUUAAUUGCCCAUUCAGCAGUCAGGACAUGAAGUACCCUUCCCCAUUCUUUGUUUUUGGAGAAAAGAUCCGGACUCGAGCCAUUUCUGCCAAAGCAAUGACCUUAGUGAGCCCCUUGCAGCUGCUUCUCUUUGGCUCUAAGAAAGUUGUAUCUGAUGGUGAGAUUAUAAUAUUGGAUGACUGGAUCAAACUGCAGAUGCCCCACAAUGCCGCUGCUUGUAUCACUGCAUUGCGUGCAACAAUGGAAGCCCUUGUGGUGGAAGUAACUAAAAAUCCAGAAAUAAUCAGUGACUUAGACCCACUGAACAAAAAUAUGCUAAAUGUAAUUGGGGAGAUCUCCAAGCCAUUAGCUGCUGGCAUCAACCUCACAGCAGGCAAUAUGAGGUAUGGUGACGGCCCACGUCCACCCAAAAUGGCUCGAUAUGACAAUGGAGGCGGCUACAGAGGAAGAGGAGGUGGUGGUUACAGGGGUGGAUAUGGAAGUGGAUAUAAUUCUUACCGUGGUAGCCCUUGGGGAAGAGGAUACUCAGGUGGUGGUGGUUUUCGAGGUGGUGGAAACUUUCGUGGCUCUGGUGGAGGCUAUCAAAGUGGUGGAAAUAGAGGUGCUGGCUUUAGAGGAGGCUGGGGAGGUAGGGGUGGCUACUGAAGAAAUGAUGAUAUCCGAGCCCAAAAUGAUGCAUGAUACCACCCAAACCAUUUCUUUGCUUUUAAUGUGGAAAUGUUCAGUCAUGGAGUUCACAACAAUUUUCAACAUUGAUUUGAAUUUUCGUAUUCAUAUAGAAUAUUCAGAUGGUUGUAAUGGUAUUCCAUAUGGUCAUAUGAAUCCUAAUAAACCAUGUCAUUUUUUUAAAUGGA